UGCUCUUCCCUUACUUUAUGAACUCUAAUUUCAGUUUUUCCUUCAUUUAACGGAUGAUUAUGGCCGUUAGAGUGGUUAACACUUGUUCCAUCGUUCGGUCCACUACUUCUCCUCCUGUCGCUGCGUUUCAAUGCCGAUUUUACCAUUUCCGGACCUUGCAGCUUCGCUGUCACUCCAAAUCAGGGUUCCGGUUCCCGAUAUUUUCGUCCGAGCAACAGUUUCUUAGCCAUGCCGGUUUUCGCAGCUGUUCCGUUCAUAGUCUUGUUGACAGUGUCAUGAAAGAGCUCAAAACCAUGCGUAAACGCAAAAGAGUUUCCGCCAAGGUGGGUUUGUCAGGUGGAGAGCUUCUUGUAAAGAAGCUUGAAAACCAGGUACUGCAGAAAGGGUUACUGCUGGAGUUCAAGAAAGAUUCUGACCGAAUAUUGCUGGCAGUUGCACAGAGACCUGAUGGGAAAAAGAACUGGAUGGUGUCUGAUCAGAAUGGUGUCUCGUGCUCCAUUAAACCACAACAAAUUACAUUUAUCGUCCCAGGUGUUGAAAACUUUGAUCAUUCGGAGAUUUCACAAUUUCUGCAGAAAGCUCAGGAUAACUUGGAUCCAGCACUUCUUGAGUUUGCUUGGGUUGAGCUUCUUGAAAAGAAUAAGUCAGUCACUGCUGAAGAACUAGCGGAGAUGACUUUUGGAAGUGCGGAGCCUCUUGAAAGCUAUUGUGCCCAUCUUCUGCUUUCAAAAGAUGAAAUCUAUUUCAGUGUGCUUGCAACUAAAGGUUCUCGCUCAAUUUAUGCACCUCGAUCUACUGCACAGGUAGAAGAACUUUUACGUAGGAAGCUUGCAAAGGAGGCUGCAGAGAAAGAACUUCAGGAGUUUGUGCAACAGCUUAUGUCUGCUAAGGCAAUGCCUGCUCAUGCUAAACCUCUCAAAUCUUCGUGGAAGGUUGAAGAGAAAGUCCAAUACAAAAUUGAGUCUCUUGAAGCAUAUGCUAUCGAUGCAUGCAAAGAUGAUGAUCAAAAGAAAACUGCCGGGAUUAUCCUUAAGGCAAUGGGACUAGCAAAAACAGCAUCCUCAGCAGUAAACCUCCUCAUAGAUAUUGGGUAUUUUCCUGUACAUGUCAAUCUGGAAGUUUUGAAGUUCAACAUUCACACUGAUCAUUCUGAAGAGAUUAUAUCAGCUGCUGAAAGUGUUCUGGUAGAUUCACCUGAUGAAGACGAGCUUAAUAGGAAAGAUCUUACUCAUCUAAAAGUUUAUGCCAUUGAUGUUGAUGAAGCCGAUGAGCUCGAUGAUGCUCUGAGUGCAACAAGGUUGCAGGAUGGCCGGAUUAAAGUGUAUAUACAUGUUGCUGAUCCAACUAGAUAUGUUCAGCCUGGGAGUAUGUUGGACAAGGAUGCAAUGAGAAGAGGAACUUCUGUUUUCUUGCCCACUGCCACUUAUCCCAUGUUUCCAGAUAAACUUGCCAUGCAGGGAAUGAGUUUGAAACAAGGAGAGGUUUGCAAUGCUGUGACAGUAUCUGUUGUUCUGCAUUCUGAUGGCGGCAUUGCAGAGUACUCCGUGGAAAACUCAAUCAUUAAACCAACCUACAUGCUGACCUAUGAAAGUGCAACUGAACUGCUCCAUCUAAAUCUAGAGGAGGAGAGGGAACUCAGGCUCCUAUCAGAGGCAGCAGCUCUCCGGUUACAAUGGCGUCGCAGACAGGGUGCAGUUGAUACUGUCACAUUAGAAACUCGUAUAAAGGUUUCCAAUCCUGAAGAUCCAGAACCAUUAAUUAAUCUAUAUGUCGAAGACCAGGCUCAUCCUGCAAUGCGACUUGUUUCUGAGAUGAUGAUUCUCUGUGGGGAAACUAUAGCCACUUAUGGUUCAUGCAAUAACAUUCCUUUACCCUACAGAGGACAGCCUCAAUCAAAUAUCGAUGUGUCGGCAUUUGCACAUCUUCCAGAAGGGCCUGUCCGGAGCUCUGCCAUUGUUAAAAUAAUGCGAGCUGCUGAAAUUGAUUUCAGGAAACCAAUACGACACGGAGUUCUGGGGCUUCCUGGUUAUGUUCAGUUCACAUCUCCUAUUCGUAGGUAUUUGGACCUACUUGCUCAUUAUCAGGUCAAAGCAUUUCUUAGAGGCGAAUCUCCUCCUCUCUCUUGUGGCCAACUUGAAGGGAUGGCAUCUAUAGUGAAUAUGCAUACUAGAGUGGCAAGGAGGCUCAGCAGCAGUAGUCUUCGGUAUUGGAUAAUAGAAUUUCUGAGAAGGCAACCAAAAGAUAAACGGUACAGUGCUUUGGUCCUUAGAUUUAUCAAAGAUCGGACUGCAGCCUUACUAUUGGUUGAGGUGGGAUUUCAAGCAUCUGCAUCGGUGUCUGUGGGAACACAAAUUGGGGAUGAGAUAGAAGUUCAGGUGGAAGAAGCCCAUCCACGAGAUGAUGUUGUUUAUCUGAAGGAGGCUAUUAGGUAGUGGAAAGAGAUUCUUGUGGAAUAGUUUGUUAUGGAGAAGGUUGAAAAUACUGCUUUUGAUGGUUUAUUCAUUGUCUUGUGACAACACAAUUUUGUUGAGCCAUGAAGUUUUCCGGAGUCCCAUUCAUUGAAACUAGUCAAAUGACAUCUGUGGGAAGAUGUAUCAAUGAGCAUCAAUUAUUCGUUAGAAGACUUACUUCCCAGGCUGUAUCUAUCUCAAGCUUACACUGUUUCAGAUUGCUCAAUGUCCAACCAUGCAAUGGAAAGCUUGCCGCGUCGUUUGUUUGCAAGUGUUAUGGAGAUUAUGUCAAUAUUUGGUUGAUAUGGGUUGGUACUGCAUCAUCUGAAACAGAAAGAUAUUAAUCGGCAGUCUUGUUUUUGAAUAUGAACCCUUAUCUUCAUAUUUUUCACACUAUGAUUUGGAAACUGAGAUAAAGGUUUUGGCCUUGAAGGCUAUUGGGCUGGUGGAGCAAAUUUUUUCUUCGUGAAAAAGAAGAUGGAUGAUUCUGUGGUUUGACGGAAGCAUCAUUCGCAUGGUAAAAUCUGAUGGCUUUAAACUAAAAGACAGUUUGAAUUGUCGAUUUGCAAUGUCUAUAAAUUUUACAGGAUGAUGAUGAUGGUAGUUGCCGACAAAAGCAUAUUGAGACAUGCAUUAAUACACAUCACGUAAAGGAAGAAAGAAAUGGAAAAUGGCAUUGGUGAUUUGUGAUAUUAUAAAGGUAUUAUGUCAACCCGUACCAUCAAUCAAUUUAUGGUAAAAAUUGAUGAAAGAUCAAAUAUUCAUAGAUGAGUAGAUGCAUUAGUUGGUUUUAUAAAUG